AAAAAAGCUUUGCAAACAUGAUGGCGGCAGCUCCUAUCCAGCAGAACGGGACUCACACCGGGGUGCCCAUAGACCUGGACCCGCCGGAUUCCCGAAAAAGACCCCUGGAAGCACCACCAGAAGCCGUCAGUACCAAGAGGACAAACACCGGCGAAGACGGCCAAUUUUUCUUAAAAGUUCUAAUACCUAGUUAUGCUGCUGGAUCUAUAAUUGGAAAAGGAGGACAGACAAUUGUGCAGCUUCAGAAAGAGACCGGGGCGACCAUCAAACUGUCAAAAUCCAAAGAUUUUUACCCAGGUACUACAGAACGGGUAUGUCUGAUCCAGGGAACUGUAGAAGCAUUGAACGCUGUUCACGGCUUCAUAGCUGAGAAGAUUCGAGAAAUGCCUCAGAAUGUUGCGAAGACGGAGCCUGUCAGCAUCCUGCAGCCCCAGACCACAGUUAACCCAGACCGCAUCAAACAGACAUUGCCAUCCUCCCCAACUACCACCAAGUCCUCUCCAUCUGAUCCCAUGACCACCUCCAGGGCCAGUCAGGUCAAGAUAAUAGUGCCCAACAGCACAGCGGGCCUCAUUAUUGGGAAGGGUGGCGCGACAGUGAAAGCCAUCAUGGAGCAGUCAGGUGCUUGGGUGCAGCUGUCCCAGAAACCUGACGGGAUAAACCUGCAGGAGCGGGUAGUGACAGUGAGCGGGGAGCCCGAGCAGAACCGGAAAGCUGUGGAACUCAUCAUCCAAAAGAUCCAGGAGGACCCCCAAAGCGGCAGCUGCCUCAAUAUCAGUUACGCGAACGUCACGGGGCCCGUGGCCAACUCCAACCCCACGGGGUCCCCCUACGCCAACACCGCCGAAGUGUUGCCCACCGCCGCCGCGGCCGCGGGGCUCCUCGGACACGCGAACCUGGCCGGGGUCGCGGCCUUCCCGGCGGUUUUGUCCGGCUUCACCGGGAACGACCUGGUGGCCAUCACCUCUGCACUCAACACUUUAGCCAGCUACGGAUACAACCUCAACACCUUAGGGCUGGGCCUCAGCCAGGCCGCGGCCACCGGCGCCUUGGCCGCGGCCACCGCGGGCACAUUUGCGUUAGGUAGCCUGGCAGCUGCCACUGCUGCUACGAACGGAUACUUUGGCGCGGCGUCCCCGCUGGCAGCGAGCGCCAUCCUGGGAACGGAGAAGACCACAGACGGCUCGAAGGACGUAGUCGAAAUCGCGGUGCCGGAAAACCUCGUAGGUGCAAUACUCGGGAAAGGAGGGAAAACGCUAGUAGAAUACCAGGAAUUGACUGGUGCAAGGAUACAGAUCUCGAAAAAGGGAGAGUUCGUCCCCGGCACGAGGAACCGCAAGGUGACGAUUACGGGAACACCAGCUGCUACGCAGGCCGCCCAGUAUUUAAUAACACAGCGCAUCACCUACGAGCAAGGGGUUCGUGCUGCCAACCCCCAGAAAGUGGGUUAAUGCCUGGACUUGUUGAAUUUCAAUCCCUCCUUUAUCACUUUCAAGAAGGAUGUACUGUAUUUUGAUGAAGUAAAAGUUUUUUGGGUUCGUUUGUUUGUUUUUCUGUUAAUAUAUAAUAUGCAAAUGAAUGCGAUUAUGUUGAAGAUGUGUAUAUGUAAAUAAUGUGUUUUACCAGAUGUUUCAUAGAAAGAAAAAAAUUUUCUUGAUAUGUUUUAGUUCUAUACUUUGCUUGUGUAUAUUUGUCAGAAUUGUUUCUAGUGUGAGAAGAUCUUAGCCUGCCAUUUUACCAGCAUUAUUGUAGUUUUAAAAAAACAAGAAAAAACAAUUGAAUGUAGACAGGGAUAUGCGUAUAGUUUUCAGUAUUAGAUACAAAUAGAAGUUAACACUAAAUUAACUACUGUUAGUUAGGGUGCGGUCGGGGUCAGGUACCUAAAUGGAGUGAGGCCAAAGCACUGUCAAGACAGUCUUACUUCUUGCUUAGGGCAUAGAGAAGUAGGAAAAAUACUAUUUUAUGAAUAAGAAACAAAAAAGCAAUAUAGUUGCAAAAGCACUGUAAAAUAUUUUAAGGUUAAAACUGUGGAUUAUUGUAUUGGUAAGUUUACAAAUCAACAAAAGCACCUGUUCUCCAUCUGAACUAGACAAUGGAAAUAAUGCUGCACGCUGGCCAUGGCCCAUUCUUCACCACGUGUCUCGAAAGUUCAAGCUCAACGAAAGUAUUCACUCCCCCACCCCCCUUCGCCUCCCCCCAGUGCCACCUCCUGAGAGGGUUGUAUAUUUGUUUUGAAGCACUAAAAUCACUACUGAUCCCAUCGCCUGGCCAGUAGAACAGUCAUUACUCCAUUAACAUCCUCACUGUCUAGACACAUUACUGUUGUUUAUACAGUGUAUUGGGAAUUUUAUAUGAAAAUAAUAAUAAUAAAAAAAUAAGUGUGAAAGUGCCAACAAAAUGAUGACAGCUGAUAACAUUGUUUUAAUUAACUGCAACUGCUUGAUAAAGUAGUUUGCAUUUUAAGAGCUUAUUCUUAAAUGUGUAUAAUUUGUUAACACUA